CACACACACACUGGUGCACACACACACUGGUACACACACACACACACUGGUGCACACACACUGGUGCACACACACUGGUGCACACACAUGGCCGGCAUGCGUUCACACCCGCCCGUCCUCACGGAGCAGGAGGAGCUACAGAGAAGAGCCAAUCAGGUCACAGAUGAGUCACUGGAGAGCACGCGGCGGAUGAUUCAGCUGGUGGAGGAGAGUAAAGAUGUUGGGAUCAGGACAGUGGUGAUGUUAGAUGAACAAGGAGAGCAGCUGGAGCGCAUUGAGGAAGGCAUGGACUCCAUCAACAGGGACAUGAGAGAGGCAGAGAAGAAUCUGACAGACAUGGCCCAGUGCUGUGGUCUGUGUAUCUGGCCAAUCAGGAAACUGAAGGCGUUUGAGGAGAGCGGCGCCUACAAGGCGGUCUGGGGCGGAGCCUCUGGUCAGGAUGGCGUCGUGUCCAAUCAGCCGCCGUCGUCUCGAGUGGUGGACGAGAGGGAGCAGAUGAUGAUGAGUGGAGGAUACAUACGGAGGGUGACUAAUGACGCCCGGGAGGACGAGAUGGAGGAGAACCUGGCUCACGUCGGCAGCAUCAUCGGAAACCUGAAGAGCAUGGCCCUGGACAUGGGCAACGAGAUCGACACGCAGAACGUCCAGAUCGAACGCAUACAGGGGAAGGCGAUUCUCAACGUGUCCCGCAUCGACGCUGCCAACCAGAAAGCUAACAACCUCAUGAAACGAUAGGAGUUUCUCCAGCCACUUUCCGUCCAUUCUUUUCUUUUUCUACCAAACUAUGCCGUUGCAUGUCGUGCCAAUGUGUUGCCGCUGUCCCCCUGUAGCUUUGCAUUUGUCCCCGUCCAUCAUGAAAUGUGCUGUAAUUAGUAUUACUGCUUUGAUAUCCCCGUAGUAGUGACCUCAUCUCUUGUGUUUUGAUAUUUUCUUCGGGACUGGUCUAAUUAACCCAUUUGAAAUGUUUUUGAGGGUUGUUGUUUUUUUUGUAGGAGUUUGAUAGAAGAUUCCUACACUUUUAUUACGACUUGUCGGUCGUCACUCAUCACAGGAAGCUUCUAUGAUCCCUGUGGGGAAAGUGGGUCACUGCAGCAGUGGACCACAUGCAUGUGCAGGAAAAACAGAGCGAAGAACGUGUCCCUGGGUCGCGACGUGCAUCUUAAGCACAUUUGUCGCAUUUAUUUGUACUGCACAGAAUAAAAAAAAAAGAAAGUUAA